AUGGUCAAUUCAUCCGAGGGCUUUACGUGGACUCCCACCGGUGGAAUCAGUCACGGCCUUCCCACUAUUGGUGUCGUUGUCCCUCCGUCGCAUGCAAUCCAGCCACAAACCGCCACCUACGAUGCCAUUGUCAUCGGCUCAGGCUAUGCCGGUCUAGUUGCUGCCCGCGACCUCGCCACCCAAGGAAAGAAGACGCUGCUCGUUGAGGCUCGCGACAGACUGGGUGGCCGUACUUGGCAUGCUACUAUCGAUGGCUUCAACUAUGAAAUCGGAGGCACCUGGUUGCAUUGGCACAUGCCGCACAUCUACCGCGAGAUAUCUCUCUACGGAUUGCACAAUGACUGGAUAGUUACGCAAAACCCUGGCAGCAAGGAGGACUACUGCACUAUUACUACCGGUGACAAGCAGCGCAACAUUUCCCAUGCCGACGAGGCCUACUUCGGCGGAAGAGUCAACGAAAUCUUCUGCAACCUAGAUGGAAACAACCUCAGGGAGUCAUGGAAGUACACCUUCGGCACCAACCAGUCCCCUGAGCUCAUGGCCAAGUGGGACAAGUUCUCAUGCCAGGACCGUCUCGACCAGAUCCGCGAUCAGCUCACCGCCGAGGAGAUGACGAUUCUCGUCGCCCAGCUCGUGCAGAUGGGCGGCAACUCGCCCGACAAGAUGGGCCUGCUCGACGCCCUCCGCUGGUUCAUCCUGGGCUCGCAUACCGGCACGGGGCUCAGCGAGAUUGCCCUGCACACGCGCCUGCGCAGCGGAAACAGCGAGCUGCACCGCCGCAUCUUUGGGCAUGCGCUAUCCAGCGGCAACCUGUCGUACAGCUUCAAGACGCCCGUUCAGCGCAUCGAGGAGUACGGAGGCCUUGUAACUGUGACGGCCCGCGAUGGGCAGAAGUGGAAGGCCAAGUCCAUCAUCUGCACCGUCCCCCUCAACGUGCUCUCGUCGAUCGAGUUCUCGCCGCCGCUGGCUGCGGAAAAGGUGGCGGCUUCGCAGGAAGGGUCUGUGAACAAGUGCAACAAGGUCCACAUUGAUCUGGACGGGCCCGACUAUCUGUCGUGGAGCUCGCUGUCUACCCCUGGCAAGGGCCUGGUUGCGGCUUUCGGAGAUCACCUCACUACGGCCGGCAACUCGCACUUGGUUGCUUUUGGGCCUGACCCGAAGACGCCAGAGGGCAUCACGCUAGAUAGCAUCGGCGGUAUCACCUCUGCGCUCACUCACCUGCUUCCCAAGGACAAGCAGAAGGAAGUCAGCGUCAACCGUAUUGUAACUCACGACUGGAACAAAGACGAGUUUUCAAAGGGCACUUGGUGCUAUUUGCCCACCGACUUCACCACCAAAUAUCUCGAGGCCCUCCAACGUCCCCACGGCAAUGUCUACUUUGCCAGCGGUGAUUUCUCCGACGGCUGGCGAGGUUGGAUUGAUGGUGCUGUGCAUAUUGGCAUGCAGGUGGCCCAUCAAGUGAUCCAGAAGCAAAACCAGUCACCAGGAGCUGCUAGAUCGCGCAUUUAGGUGCUUUUUACCGACAUCUCUG